CCAUCCCGCCGUGGAGAAGCGUAGCGUUGGAAAACUUAACGCAGGAAGAACCCCCUUUCUUUUUAAAUUUGUUUUGUUAAGGGAGUAUGUGUAAAGUGAUGCCUCUCUCCAAGACCGCAGAGGAAGUAACGCCGGCCCUCAGGGAAUGUUAGGGUAUCUGAACUCUCUAUCACCACGGAAUAUGCAGGAUAAGGAUGAAAACGUAAGCAUAAGAACUUUGGAAAGCAGAACUGACAAAAUGUUAUGCUGGAAAUAUGAAGAUUGAUCACACGGGAAACAUUCCCUGACUUGGCUGAUUGGUUUGUGUUUUUGAGCAAGAUGGCUGUCAGUGGAGAAAAGCUUUCAUCCUGUGACUCUGGGAAGAAUAAUAUUCUUUCUUUACUUCAUUCCAGGAAGGAAAAGCUAAGACGAGAACGGAUUAAGAAUUGCUGUGAACAGCUGCGGACACUCCUGCCUUGUGAAGAAGGAAGAAAGAAUGACGUUGCAUCUGUUCUCGAGGCAACAGUUGCCUAUAUGAGUGAUCUUCAAGCUAUCAUUCCUCAGGAUGUAGCAUUUCAGAUUGCAAAGAGCCUGAGAAACAACAAAAGGUUUUCCAAAAGACAGCUGUUGUCUAAAGAUCCAGCACCAUUGAACUUUUCUCCUGUACCAAGGAACAACGCAGUGUUGAUGAUUGAACCAAGAAGUAAGAAGAGUGAAAUAUCUAUCUCCAAAACUAAGUCGCCAUCCUUUUCUACUAAAGCAGAUUGCUAUGCUGGAGAGAGGACAGAUAUAACCUCAUUUUUCGUGUCUAAAGAAAUUAAGACCAUUGAGAAGCUUAACAUUGAUGUUAACUUUUAA